CAAGUAGCUGAUUAGAUGCGAGAGCAAAGGGGCCAUGGCCCCUCCCCUAGGAGGAACUGUGGCCUCUGGUCAGAGCCCGCUCCCUGGGAGCCAGGGCCGCCACGAGGGGGCGACACGCGGGGCCACACAGGGGGCGACGCGAACUGCCAUGGAGUCCCCGGCCUGCAGCUCUCUGCGCCUGCUCCUCUGGCUGCUGCUUCUCCGGCCCCGGCUCAGCGCGGACCCCAGGGACAGCGUGACGCCCCCUUCCCCACAGAGUCCCUCUUCCUCUGGGACCGCACCAGCCCCCAGCCCCUCAGAGAUCCUUUCCCAAGCCUGCGGCCAGAGGAGGAUUGUCGGGGGAAGGCCAGCCGCGGAGCGGAAGUGGCCCUGGCAGGUCAGCCUGCAGGUCCAGGGCGAACACGUGUGCGGGGGCUCCCUCAUCAGCAGCCGGUGGGUGCUGACUGCAGCCCACUGCAUAUUCGAUUUUGUGGACUACACGGUGAAGCUGGGAGACACAAACCUGAACCAAACAGCCUCAACAGCCUUUGUGGUCCAAGCCAGAGACAUUGUUAUGCACCAAGAUUUCACCCGAAUUGGAGGACUCUUCAACGACAUCGCCCUGGUGUUGCUGUCCUCCCCUGUGAAUUACUCCACCCACAUCCAGCCCGUGUGCCUCCCUGCCGUGUCCUUCCAGUUAGAAGCUGGUACAGAGUGCUGGGUGACUGGAUGGGGCAAAAGAAGAGAAGAAGAGCUUACUGUCCUCCUACACUGAGGUCAGGCUGGAGCUCACUGCCUCCAGAGCUGCCGAUUAUGUCACCAACUCAACUUCAGGAGGUUGAGGUGAACAUAGUUGACCUUGAGAAAUGUAAUAAGGGCCUUCAGAAACAGAUGCAGACAAUCUUUAACAUGGUCAGGCAAGGGGCCAUCUGUGCUUACAGUGAAGGAAAGGACGCCUGCCAGGGAGACUCUGGCGGCCCUCUUGCCUGCGAGUUUAAUAAUACAUGGGUACAGAUGGGUGUUGUGAGCUGGGGCAUUGGCUGUGGCCGCAAAGGACUUCCAGGAGUCUAUACAGAUGUCCGUUACUACAGGGACUGGAUUGUGAGACACAUGAGUCGGUCUACACGCUGGGACUCAGCCAGCUUCCUCAUCCCAUGCCUGUGUCUGCUGCUGCACCUGGCACCCUGGUGACCCCGUGCUCAUCCUGCCCGCUCCCCCCAUUCUGAGUCUCCCACUAGGCCUCUCCUCUGACCCCCUUUUCCUUCCAAUGCCCUGGCUUCAAGUUCCGGUUUGGCCCCUCACCCCUGGGGAGCCCACAGUGGAGCAGAGGAGGGGACUGGGCCUGCAAAGGGUCCGGCCCGGUGCUCUGGUCACCUGCUUCUCACACCUACACCUGGCCUGCUCUGCCUGAGGGAAAGAGGUGAGGCCUGGCCAGAGGCCCCGCGUCCUGCCGGGGG